AUGGAGAACCCAGUUGUUGUAGUUAUUAGCUUAGCCAGGGUUGCAUUCUCUGAUGAUGGCUAUCCUCAAUUAUGUAGUUCGUUCAGUGCUACCCGAGUUAUUUUCAAUCCAACACUGACUGUAGUAAAAAAACUUAUUGAAAGAUCCAAAGACAAAUUCUCUCCUUCAUUGACAUCACUAAGCCAACAAAUGCCACCUCAAUCUUCUCAACCUUCAGCUUCAACUAUGAUGCGCAAUAAUAGGAGGAUGGAUAUAUCUGACAUUGAAAAUGAAGCAGGAGAGGAAGCUUUCAUUAUUACCUGCAAGGUCAUUAAGCUUGAGACUCGUCAUGGAUGGACCUAUGAUGGUUGCUCAAAGUGUGCAAGCAAGCCUAAGGAUGAUAAUGGCUCUCUUCACUGUUCACUCUGUAAAAAGAAACCUGUAUUAGUAGAGCCAAAAUUGAAGGUCCAUUAUGUUGUUGAAGAUCAUUCUGGGAAGACUUCUGUAAUUUUUUGGGAUAAGUUAGCUGUUCAGCUUUUCAAAAAAAAUGCGUUGGAAAUGAAAUUGACACUGAUUCAGGAACAACGUGAAUAUGAUUUCCUGUUUGAACUUGAUGAAUUAGUUGGUAAGAGGAUGAUUCUGAAAUUGAAGUUGAAUGACUACAAUAGGAAGCAUCCUCAUUCCAGUAUAAGUGUGGUUCAAUACACAUUAUGUGAGGAUCUCAUAGAGCAGUUCACUAAAGCAUCUGCUGAGGUUUAG